AUGCAGGUGCGACGUGUAUUGUAUUUUCUGGCUCUAAUUAUGAGUGUUGCCUCUGUUUGCGUGGCGACAGGUGAGCCUGGAAAGCCCGGGAGUUCUUCUUCUGCAUCUUCUAACUCUGGUGAUGAUGAUUGUCGUCCUCCUCCUGAUGAAGAAAAUGCUAGAAAUACUCUUAAUGGUCCUCUUAAUAUUCCUCAAUAUUGUGCUAAUCAACGUCGUUCUAAUGCUCCUUCUGGUGGUGGUAGUAAUGGUUCUGCUCAUCCUGCUGCUCCUUCACCUCCUGUUCCUUCUCCUCCUAUUGCUGAACCUCCUUCACCUAUUGCUCCUGUUGCUUCUCCUGCUGGUAGUGGUAAUGAUGGCUCUGUUAAUCCUCCUGUUCCUCCUGUUCCUUCUCCUCCUGUUGCUGUUGCUGCUGGGGAAGGGAGUAAUGGUUCGUCUACAUCUGGAGGUCCAACUGGAGCCAACGUCAACAAUCCAGCAGGUGAAGGUGCAGUCAACGCGGAGAGUACAGCAACAGCACAACCCACUUCUCCUUCUCCCGAAUCUUCA